AUGAAAUUUGUUUCAUCUGCUGAAACAGAACUAGGCAGCUCGACAACAUUUUCUGAGGAGCCAAAGUCUAGUCGUGGUAUGAACACAAUGCCCCGUGUUGUGAAGAGAAAAUUGCAGAAAAUCAAGCUAGUUAUUGAGUACAACAAAAGGGGGAAACCAUAUGGCCUUGCACAUAUUGAGAUGAAGUCCUACAUUGGUGUGCUGGCAGGGUCCAGAGUGAGACGACCUGACCCAAAUUCCACUUUGGAAUCCAGGUCGAAUCCUGUGCAAAACUGA